GCUUAUAAUAGAUAUGUCAAUCCGCGAUUCGUUCCGUACGCAGGUCAAUGCCAAGCACACAGGUCCACACCAUGGGCGCCACCGCUUUGGCCACACCAUGACCAUCAGUACAAAAGCCCACUCUCACUUUAUCAGUGGAUGUGGAUGUGGACGAUGGGACACCUCGACGUUGGCACUAGACUAUAAAGCUUCCUCAUCGUUCUCUUUGCCUGCCAGUGACCCCGUGUAGUGUCAUUCGCGGUCAUCUAGAUCUCGACGAAUCCCUCGUGAUAUGCCCUUUUCAGAACCCGUCUCUACAAGCUUUCUCUCCAUUCCUUCCGUGUUUACACGUCUUCAACGCAGCAUUAAACUUCGAAUGCACGCACCCUCCGUUUCCGAAUUCUUCUUGCCGAGUCAUCUUACCCUGAAGCGCAGGAGCUCUCUUUCGUCCACCCGUACGCAAAAAUCGUCCUUCACUUCCAGGGCCACAAAGCGCAGGUCUUUACUUCCCUCGCUGAAGUUAUCUUCAUCCUCGUUAUCUUCCUGGUCUUCCCGGGACACGGAAUCCAGUCCAAAACCUGUGGGCUCUGAGUCAAGUGCCGAAUCAACCGCCUCCGAUAUUAUUGUGAUACCUGCGAGUCCUAUUUGCCCUUCGGUGCUCACAUUUGCUCCUCCACUCGGGCAAAAAAUUACUGAUCGGUUUUGGCCCGAAGAAGAUCUUGAACAGGAUGAUCAAGAUGAAAUAUCUGGAAAUGGCAGGCUCUCGUCGCCGAUGAUCGUGAAUGUGUUGUCACCUCCUCCAUAUCACCGACGUGCUCCAAAUGCCAUCGUGCAUCAGGAUCACAUGCUAUCUAGUGAUAAUUAUCCUUCGCAUUAUAGAAACCAGGACGACUCACGCCCUAUGCGGUUCCCGUUCUGAGCAUAAAUUUGUGAUUUAGAUAAAUGGUAUCUUACCUCGCGUUAAUCAAACCUAUCGUCUGCCCCUAGACUAAUUUGCAUAGUGUAUUCUUGCU